UUUUUUUUUUUUUUUUUGAGACAGAGUCUCACUUUGUCUGUCGCCCAGGCUGGAGUGCAGUGGUGUGAUCUCGGCUCACUGCAAGCUCCGCCUCCUGGGUUCAUGCCAUUCUCCUGCAUCAGCCUCCCGAGUAGCUGGGACUACAGGCACCCGCCACCACACCCUACUAAUUUUCUUGUAUUUUUAGUAGAGACGGGGUUUCACCGUGUUAGCCAGGAUGGUCUUGAUAUCCUGACCUCGUGAUCCUCGUGAUUCACCCGCCUCCGCCUCCCAGAGUGCUGGGAUUAUAGGCGUGAGCCACCACACCUGGCCAACUAACUGCUUUUUUAAAUGAAAUUCCAUUUUUAUUUGAAGGGAGGACUGUAAUAAGCUGUGGCUAUCCAGAAAUUGGGUAUUUAGCAGAUACCUUCUUGAAAAUAAAGCAAGCCUUUUACUUCAAGGAAGUAGUGGAGAGCAUUUGUUGCCAGUGAUAAAAUUUGAGUUUGCAAGUGAAAAUCAGAAUUUUGGAAAACGUGUAUUUGCCACCAUGAGCUUGACAGCUUUUCAGUAUUUAAAAGCUUUAUGAGUAUAGUAAUGAUAUAUUUUUGAUAUUGUAUAAUGAAAUGUAUCUACAUUUGGAAGAUCUGCAUAACUCAAGGAACCAGUAUUUUCACAAAUGAUCAAUGUAUGAUGUUACAGCAAAAUCAUUCUUGGAUAAAAGAGAAAGACCAGUCACUUUUAAUGUAACAGAGUACAAAAUGGUCAUUGAUAUGGUUUCAGAUUUCACAUUGAGACUAACCCUUUAAGAAACUACCACUUGUCAAGUUUUGGUGUAACAUGGAAAAAGAAUAUUAACAACUAUCCCAAAAGACUAUUAAAAUACCACUCCUUUUUCAAAUUGGGUAUCUGUGUGAGGCAAAAUUUUAAAAAUGUACUUCCCCAAAUAGUGUAACAGUUUGCAUGCAGAAGCAGAUAUGAGAAUCCAGCUGUCUUCUGUUAAGCCAGACAUUAAAGAGAUUUGCCAAAAUGUAAAACAAUGCCACCUUCUUAUUUCUGUUUUGUUUUGGAAAACAUAGUUAUUUUUCAUAAAAGUAUGUUUAUUUCAUGUGUAAUGAGUUCAUGGAAUUUUAACAUGAAUUAAUACUUUAUAAAUUUUUCAGUUUUAAUUUCUGAUACAAUAAAGUACCCGUAAAUAUAGCCCACAUAACAAAAGCUCUUUGGGAUUCUUAAUUUUUGGGAGUAAAAAGGAGGGAUCUCAGGCAACCGAGAACUUUCUUUUUUUUUUUUUUUUUUUGAGACGGAGUCUCGCUCUGUCGCCCAGGCUGGAGUGCAGUGGCGCAAUCUCGGCUCACUGCAAGCUCCACCUCCCGGGUUCACGCCAUUCUCCUGCCUCAGCCUCUCCGAGUAGCUGGGACUACAGGCGCCCGCCACCACGCCCGGCUAAUUUUUUGUAUUUUUAGUAGAGACGGGGUUUCACCGUGGUCUCGAUCUCCUGACCUCGUGAUCCGCCCGCCUCGGCCUCCCAAAGUGCUGGGAUUACAAGCGUGAGCCACCGCGCCCGGCCCCAACCGAGAACUUUCAAACCACUGAUUAUAGCUUACAAUGGAUUGAAAUAAGCUGAUCCUCAUGAAAUACUUUAGUUUCUUAUUUGAAAAUCUUUAUAGAAACAACACAGAGGAAAAUACUUAAUUAGUCUCUACUUUCAUAAUGCUGAGUUAUAUUUAUUGGGCACUUAAUAAUGUGCCUGACACUGCACUGAACACCGUACCUAUAUUAUCUCCUCUAACCUUUAUCUUAUCCUGCAACGUAUAUAUUGCCUUAGUUUUACAAAUCAGAGGGCUAAGGCACUGGCGGGUCAGGUAAUUGGCCCAAGCUUAUUUUAGGGGUAAGUAGUAGAGCCAAGUUUUAGAUUUAGUUUAAGUUGAAAUUGAAAGCCUGAGCUUUUCAUCAUGAUGUUCUGCCUCACAGAACAGUUUGUAAGUCAGCACUGUGUCCGCACUACUAAUUGAUCCUUAGGGAAAAGUGCAGAAUGCCGUUGUCUGAAGAUUGUUGAUGCAAGGUUGAGCAGUGGCUGAAGAUCCUGCGCGUGUUAUCUUUUUAUCCCAGGUCAUGUAGUCGUGUACUGUUUUGUGGAACCAGAUCUUUAGAAGGUGGUUCUUUCAGAACUUCAGAACAGACCAUAACUGGAAGACUGUGGGCUUAGUUUCUUACGAUUACUAGUAGUUAGUAUGUGAAUCUAGCUCAAGGUUGGAGAGAUUUUCAGGAUGGCUGUAGUUCAGUUGUCAUUGCUUAUGCUAGUUCUUUCAUUUCAUUCAGGGGUAUAGAAACCUUAGAUUGUCUGAAAAUGUUAUUUUCAGGAGUUUUCCCAUUGGGAGACAAGGAGAUGGGGAUGGAGUUGAAGUCAGGUGAAGGUGAGGAGAAUAGCACUAUUGCUGUGACCCCUGGCUUUUGGGUUAUUGUGCUGCAAGCAUCAGGUGACUGAAAAAGCAAACAUGAAAGUACAGAUUCAGAGAGGGGAAGUGACUCGACCCAGGCACCCUGCACAGGAACAUGUGUCAUCACGGUUUCAGCUCCCGAUGGUGAGAUCACAGUGUGUUCUCAGGCCCUCGUUAGGAUUCUUAGCACAGCAGUUGUUUCUGCUUGGUGGGUUUGUUGAUUGAGAGCGCCUCAGAAGCAUUUAUAUUCACAGUAUCCCACAUGCCUAACUAACUCAACUUUAUAUUACAUAGACAGCUACUUUAAAAUUGUGUUGGUACAUGUAUUUUGAAAUUUAUAUGAACAGCUUUAUUUACAUUAUCCAUUAUACUCCUCUGUUAAAGAAUAUAUGUAUAUUUUAAUUAUACUUUAUUAUACUCAUUCACCUUUCAUUGUUUUCUCCAACCUUUUUUGCCACCUCAGUGGAAAUGGAAAUGAGAGUACCUGUUAUAGCCUGAAAAGCAGAGGAAAAAAGUGUAACUCUUUUUAAGGUUUUUCGUCAUGUUUAACUCACGUGUUAUUCCCAGAUUUUUCUCCAAUGUUCAUACUGUCUCUUGAAACCAGUCUUCCCUUUGUUCAGCACUAUUGUGGCCUGUGUAUAAUUGGUACUUGUCUUUCAGAUUUGUAUUCUGUAAACAGGCUUUGACGGGGCAAAUUUAAACUGUUGUAAAGAUUGCCUAUUCAUUUCUAAUACAUGUUUUGUGGUAGAAUUCAAUUGCUAAUCGUGUGAAGGGUUUUUGAAAAUGAGGAACAAACAAAAUGAGAACUUAUGAAUAGUAGCACAAUAAAAAAAAUAUACAAGAGGAAUAAGACCACCAUGCUUUCUUUUUUUCCUUCUGAACUAGUCAAUAGCUUUGUAUUCCAAUGAUCAUUAACAAGGUUUCUAUACAUACACAAAAAUGAGGGGUAGUGAGAUAUAGAUGAUGAUAUAGAGAAUGAAGAUGGGAAAAAAUCCUCUUGGUAUUAAUACAUGUGGUAUAGGUACAGAGUGUUCCCUUAUGUAUAUAAUUUGAAAAGGGUGAGGGAGCUCCAAAAUAAGAUAAGCAAGUUGGUGGACUACAUGUUUUGUUAAUUCUUAUGUCAGAGUGCCUUCUCCUGGUGUGGAUGCAUUUUUAAGAUGAAUGGUUAAUUUGUUCUUGUUUCUUUUUCAAAGUCUCUUUGAGCAAAUGACAAAUUGAGAUGUCGUAACGUUAAGGAGAGACCAUUGACAUUUGCCUGAUGCCUUCUCUUGUCUUAGCCUUUGCAUUGUAUUAGAGAAGUAUAUGACUGGAUGUGACUAAAAUGAUCUGGGAGGAGGGUUAGUAUUCUGUUUUCUAAAAUGGAUUCUGGGAUUGUUAUGUGCAAUUGGUGCUUUAGGAUAGGAGAAAAUCACCUAAGUGUAACUUCAGAGUGUGAGGAAGUGUGACCUGUCAACUGUUUUGGUUGGGUUUUCUGGUGUUGGAGUGGUUCGUUUCUUAAAUUUUGCUCUCAGGUUUGGGGGGUAGUGAAGUUACUCUGAAAAUUCAUAAUUUUUCUGUAAUUAGUAACAGCAUCCCAGGAGUUUCAGACAGAAAUGCCUUUAAAAAAAAAUGAGAUGUGACAGCACGCUGCCACACCGACGCAGACCCCGCUCUGCACGCCAGCUCGCCCGCACCCACCAUGGCCACAGUUCAGCAGCUGGAAGGAAGAUGGCACCUGGUGGACAGCAAAGGCUUUAAUGAAUACAUGAAGGAGCUAGGAGCGGGAAUAGCUUUGCGAAAAAUGGGCGCAAUGGCCAAGCCAGAUUGUAUCAUCACUUGUGAUGGCAAAAACCUCACCAUAAAAACCGAGAGCACUUUGAAAACAACACAGUUUUCUUGUACCCUGGGAGCGAAGUUUGAAGAAACCACAGCUGAUGGCAGAAAAACUCAGACUGUCUGCAACUUUACAGAUGGUGCAUUGGUUCAGCAUCAAGAGUGGGGUGGGAAGGAAAGCACAAUAACAAGAAAAUUGAAAGAUGGGAAAUUAGUGGUGGACUGUGUCAUGAACAGUGUCACCUGUACUCGAAUCUGUGAAAAAGUAGAAUAAAAAUUCAAUCAUCACUUUGGACAGGAGUUAAUUAAGAGAAUGACCAAGUUCAGUUCAAUGAGCAAAUCUCCAUACUGUUUGUCUUUUUUUUUUUUCAUUACUGUGUUCAGUUAUCUUUAUCACAAACAUUUCACAUGCAGCUAUUUCAAAGUGUGUUGGAUUAAUUAGGAUCAUCCCUUUGGUUAAUAAAUAAAUGUGUUUGUGCUAAUAAAAAAA